AUGAGAACGACUGCUAUGAUGCCAUCGACACUGAUAGAAGGAUGCGGAGAUGGUGAAGCCAUCAACAGCCAGCUCUACGACGUGCCUGGCAGCGAUAUCGCCAUAGAUUUAGACUCUGACGACAUGACUUCUGUCGACGCGCAGCUCAAGGACGUCGCCGUCCUCGGCCCCGUCAGCAACGAGGCCCGCAAGAUCCUCACCAAGGAGGCCGUCGCCUUCCUGGCCCUCCUGCACCGCACCUUCAAUGGCACCCGCAAGGCCCUGCUGCAGCGCCGCGUCGAGCGCCAGGCCGAGAUCGACCGCGGCCACCUGCUCGACUUCCUGCCCGAGACCAAGCACAUCCGUGAGGACGACACCUGGAGGGGUGCGCCCCCGGCCCCGGGUCUGGUCGACCGCCGUGUCGAGAUCACCGGCCCGACGGACCGCAAGAUGGUCGUCAAUGCCUUGAACUCGGAUGCCUGGACCUAUAUGGCGGACUUUGAGGAUUCGAGCGCGCCCACCUGGGAAAACAUGAUCAACGGCCAGAUCAACCUGUACGACGCCAUCCGGCGCCAGAUCGAUUUCAAGCAGGGCAACAAGGAGUACAAGCUGCGGACGGACCGCAAGCUGCCGACGCUGAUCGCCCGCGCCCGAGGCUGGCACCUCGACGAGAAGCACCUGACCGUCGACGGCGAGCCCAUCUCGGCCAGUCUGUUCGACUUUGGUCUGUACUUCUUCCACAACGCCCACGAGCUGGUCAAGCGUGGCACGGGGCCGUACUUCUACCUGCCCAAGAUGGAGUCGCACCUGGAGGCCCGGCUGUGGAACGACGUGUUCAACCUGGCCCAGGACUACAUUGGCAUGCCGCGGGGGACGAUCCGCGCGACGGUGCUGAUUGAGACGAUCACGGCUGCUUUUGAGAUGGAUGAAAUCAUCUACGAACUGCGCGAGCACAGCUCCGGUCUCAACUGCGGCCGCUGGGACUACAUCUUCUCCUUCAUCAAGAAGUUCCGCAACAACCCCAACUUUGUGCUGCCUGACCGGCAGGACGUGACGAUGACGGUGCCGUUCAUGGAUGCGUACGUCCGGCUGCUGAUCAAGACCUGCCACCGCCGGGGUGUCCACGCGAUGGGCGGUAUGGCUGCGCAGAUCCCCAUCAAGGACGACCCCAAGGCCAACGAAGAGGCCAUGGAGAAGGUGCGCGCCGACAAGCUGCGGGAGGUGCGCGCCGGCCACGACGGCACCUGGGUUGCGCACCCGGCCCUGGCGCCGAUUGCGGCCGAGAUCUUCAACAAGUACAUGCCGACGCCGAACCAGCUGUUCAACCGGCGCGAGGACGUGCACGUCACGGCGAACGACCUGCUGAACACGAACGUGCCGGGCUCCAUCACCGAGGACGGCAUCCGGAAGAACCUGAACAUUGGCUUGUCGUACAUGGAGGGCUGGCUGAGAGGAGUGGGUUGCAUCCCGAUCAACUAUUUGAUG